AUGGUUGGCGACGGUAUCAACGACGCUCCUGCGCUUACAACUGCCGACGUGGGCGUCGCUAUCGGCUCCGGUUCGGACGUGGCCAUCAGCAGCGCCGACUUCGUCCUGCUUAACCUGGACCUACACGGCGUCGUUAGCCUGCUGGACCUGUCGCGGGCGGUGUUCCGGCGGAUCAAGUUCAAUUUCGGGUGGGCGCUUGUGUACAACUGCAUCGCGGUCCCCGUGGCGGCGGGGUGUCUGUACCCUAUCCUGAGCCAUGGCAGCCAUGUGCGCCUGGACCCCGUGUGGGCCAGUCUGGCGAUGGCGCUUAGUAGUAUCUCCGUUGUGACGAGCUCCCUCGUGCUGAGGAGUCGGGUGCCUGGGGUGGGCUUUCGGGUUCGGAGGGUUGAGCGAGGCUUCAGCUAG